AGACUCAUAAUAUUUAAUAGACCUAUUCACUUUGAACAUUUAAAUGCAAUAGUUCUGUAUAAAUAGUGGAGGAAGUGGUCGUAUUUGUCACUUAACAAAAUCAGCCAUGAUCCUGUUACUACUGACUUCAGGCUUCUUCCUGUCGGUUGAGGCUGUUUAUCACAGUAACUGGCAUCAUCCUCACGGUGUCGUCAUACCUUAUGAAUACAGUGGUCUUUACUACCGAGUCCUACCAGAAGAACGUAGUGACGACAUGUAUUUGGGAGCUUAUUGGCUACCGUCCAGCCACGCACUGUUCGUGAGAGCGAUUAGACAAGAAACACCUCAAAUGCUAAUAGACCAUGAUUAUCAACGUGUUGUCUCUCAAGCAUCAAAUCCAAGGGAAUUAUAUAUUUCUGUCAUGAAAGACCCCGAAUCAGUCCAAAAGGAAAUUCCUGAGAUACAACAAUCCAUGAAGGACUUUGUUGUCGCCGUGGAAAACAAGAUUGGAAAAGCCAAGGAUGUUGUUGACGACCCGAGACAGUUCUUCACCGUCAUAGCACCGAAAUUGUUUAUGGCAGUAAAAGCACUGGAAUUAGAUGGAUUUUUACGUGAAUCUUUUACACAAAUCGGAGUUCCUGAUUACAUGUUUAAAAGUCUUUAUGCGAUGGUGUUAGAAUAUCCAGAAAGGCUCUUUUCAGAAGAUGGGAGAGUCGAAGUAGAGCAGACGCUGCAUCUCAGUCCUGGUACAGUGCAGAGGCUGAAGAAAUAUUUGCUCGAAGAAACAACUAUUUACGACACUUUCCGUAGAUACAUGGAUCGAAAUAUUGGACCUGAAGAAAACAAAGGACAGGAACGUGCUCAGGAGGUUUGGAAAAUAAUGAAGGAUGCUGAACUUAUCAAGAAAGUGCUUAUGGAGCACAAUGUGACGAUUGAUGAAGCCAGUCGCGAGUUCAAGAAAGUUCUGCAGAAUCCUACGCUGCUUCAUACUGAUGGAUCCAUGUCACUUGGUUCCGACGCAGCUGCCAGGGCAGUUGAAGAAAUAGUGAAACAAAUGCAAGUCCAGGAAUCUGGCGUGGAUGAAACUAUGGAGCAAAUGAUGAUGUGAGAAGCGUCACGACGCUUUUGUGUGUCAUAGACAUGUAGUGAACUGUGGUUAUGCAAUAAACAGUGAAGCACUGAAAAA